CGGUGUUUGACAAAAUUGGACAAUCCUAUAGGCCAAUUAAAAAAAUCGUUGUGUUUGAAAGCUCAAGUUAAUAUAUUUUUACACCUCUAUUUGAAAACCACACUUUUUCUUUCAAUAAAAUGGCCAAGCUGGAUGUCAGCAGCCAAAAGAUACUUUUAAAAAGAACUAUUCUCGGUUUAAUAGCCGUAGUAGCUUUUUCGUCACGUCUUUUCAGUAUAAUCAGAUAUGAAUCUAUUAUUCACGAGUUUGACCCAUGGUUCAAUUACCGUGCGACAAGAAUGUUAGUUCAAGAUGGGUUUUUUGAAUUCUGGAAUUGGUUUGAUGACCGUUCCUGGUAUCCUUUAGGUCGCGUUGUUGGAGGUACAAUUUAUCCAGGUUUAAUGGUUACAGCUGCCAUCAUUCAUAAUGUAUUACACUAUUUGCAUUUUCCCGUUGAUAUUCGCAAUAUUUGUGUUCUUUUGGCUCCCAUGUUCUCUGGUUUGACUGCUUAUGCCACAUACCUUUUGACAACAGAACUCAAGGAUAGCUCAGCUGGUUUAUUGGCUGCUGUUUUUAUGGGUAUCGCACCGGGUUAUAUUUCACGUUCGGUUGCUGGCUCUUACGAUAACGAAGCCAUUGCUAUUUUCUUACUGAUGUUCACAUUUUAUCUUUGGAUUAAAGCAUUGAAAUUGGGUUCCGCUCUUUGGGCUUCUGCUGCUGCUUUCUUCUACUUCUAUAUGGUUGCUGCUUGGGGUGGUUAUGUCUUUAUCAUCAAUAUCAUUCCUCUUCAUGUAUUUGUCUUGAUGUUGAUGGGAAGAUUUAGUAGUCGCAUCUAUGUUUCUUAUUCAACCUUUUAUAUCUUGGGUACAUUGAUGUCAAUGCAGAUUCCUUUUGUCGGCUUCCAACCCACUCGUACUUCAGAGCAUAUGGCUGCUUUAGGCGUAUUUGGACUCUGCCAAAUUAUGGGUUUUGUAAACUUAUUGCGUAGUCAUCUUCAACAGAAGCAAUUCCAAAUUGUACUCAGAGCAUUUGUUGCCGUUACCUUUACUUUAGGUACCGCUGUUCUCGUUUUGUUAACCCUUAGUGGUUAUGUUGCUCCAUGGACUGGUAGGUUUUACUCUCUUUGGGAUACUGGUUAUGCCAAGAUCCAUAUUCCUAUCAUUGCAUCGGUAUCUGAACAUCAACCUACUGCAUGGCCUAUGUUCUUCUUCGAUUUACAAAUGCUCAUCUUUGUUUUCCCGGUUGGUAUUUACCUUUGCUUCCAACAAUUACGUGAUGAACACGUCUUUGUGAUUGUUUACAGUAUUUUCGCCUCGUACUUUGCUGGUGUUAUGGUACGUUUGAUGUUGACUUUGACUCCUGUCGUCUGUAUCUGUGGUGGCAUAGCUAUUUCUACUUUGUUAGACACUUAUCUUGAUUUCUCCACUGCUGAAAAAAUAGAAAGGACCACUUCUGAAGCCGUCGCUACUGCUGCGGAUGAAAAACCCAAGAAGACAUCCAAGAAAAAGGAGAAGGAAGAAAAGAAGUAUGGUAUUCUUGGUAACGAUACACGUGUUAUGGUCAUUGGUACAUUUACAUUCUUCCUCUUCAUGUUCGUUUGGCAUUGUACAUGGGUUACAUCCAACGCUUAUUCUUCACCCUCUGUUGUUUUAGCAUCUCGUAACCCCGAUGGAUCUCAACGUAUCAUUGAUGAUUUCAGAGAGGCAUAUUAUUGGUUGCGUAAAAAUACUGAUGAAGAUGCCAAGAUCAUGUCUUGGUGGGAUUACGGUUACCAAAUUGCUGGUUUCUCUAACCGUACCACAUUAGUUGAUAAUAAUACAUGGAACAACACUCAUAUCGCUACCGUAGGUCGUGCCAUGUCUACCAAUGAAGCCGACUCUUAUGAGAUUAUGAAAAAACAUGAUGUCAGUUAUGUUCUCGUCAUUUUUGGUGGUCUUUUAGGAUACUCUGGCGAUGAUAUCAACAAAUUCCUUUGGAUGAUUCGUAUUGCUCAAGGUAUCUGGCCUGACAAAAUCAAGGAAUCAGAUUUUUUCACAGCUCAAGGAGAAUACCGUGUCGACGACCAGGCAUCCAAGGCAAUGAAGGAAUCACUUAUGUACAAGAUGAGUUAUUACCGUUUUAACGAAAUGUUUGGUGGCCGUCAACCUUAUGAUCGUGUGCGUAACCAACCUCUUCCGGCUAAAGGACCCGAGUUGUCUGUUUUGGACGAAGCUUUUACUUCAGAAAACUGGAUUGUUAGAAUUUACAAGGUAAAGGAUUAUGAUGCUUUUGGUAGAGAUCAUCAUGAGGCUAUGGCUUUUGAAGCUGGCAACAAAAAAAUAAAGGCCAAGAGAAGUAAAAAGAGUUCAGAUCGUAGAAGACGCUCAGCGGCAUCAUAUGAUGAUUUGGAUUAAAAAAACAUAUAUCAAUCCCCACAUUUUUAACCUUGUAAACAAAACAAAAUAAAAUAAAUUUACAAUAUUUAUU